AUUAAAGCUUUCCUUUUAGAGCUUGUCUUCUUUCCUCUGUAGUUUCCUCUUUAUUUGAUCUACUAAUUAGGGUUUGUGGUUUAACCAACUUAAGUUCUUCUGUAAAACGGUUGCAGGCGUUUCUCUAGAGAGGUUAGAGGGCUAAAAGCUGUUUUGGAUGGUUGAGGAUCCUGACUAGAGGAUCUUUGCAGUAUUUAUUGGAAAAUUUCAGGAAUUGGGUUUCUAAUAUGGAGCUGUGGUAAUGGAGUUUCUUGGAAUUUUGCUGGAACGCGUCUCUUGUUUUCAGGAUGAGGCUUGAUGAUUAGCUUGUCAUAUGGUAUCGUAUUCGUACCAUGCAAGAGAUUUAGAACCAGAAAGUCAAUAGUUAUCCAGGAUUGGGGUUCAAUGAAGAUGUCGAGUCCGAAAGAGCCUGAACAUGUGAUGAACUACCGAGGCGGUUUGGUGUUGGGUAAGAAGACAAUAUUGAAGAGUGACCACUUUCCUGGGUGCCAAAACAAACGGUUGCAACCCCAUAUCGAAGGUGCACCCAAUUAUAGACAGGCGGGUUCAUUACCUGUUCAUGGUGUAGCCAUUCCAACCAUUGAUGGAAUUCGAAAUGUACUCGAUCAUAUUGGAGCACAGAAGGAUGGGAAGAAAACAAGAGUGCUGUGGCAUAACCUUCGUGAGGAACCAGUGGUGUACAUUAAUGGGCGCCCUUUUGUUUUGCGCGACAUAGAAAGACCAUUCUCCAAUCUUGAGUACACGGGAAUCGACAGGGUUAGGGUUGAGCAAAUGGAGGCUCGUUUGAAAGAAGAUAUAAUACAAGAAGCUGCACGAUAUGGAAAUAAGAUCCUUGUAACUGAUGAACUGCUGGACGGCCAGAUGGUGGACCAGUGGGAGCCAGUUGCCCAAGAUUCGGUUAAGACGCCUUUGGAGGUUUACGAAGAGCUACAGGUGGAAGGUUACCAUGUUGAUUUUGGGCGUGUUCCUAUCACAGAUGAAAAAUCUCCCAAAGAGCGAGAUUUUGAUAUUUUGGUGUAUAAAAUUUCUCAAUCAGAUUUAAAUACAGAAAUAAUUUUUAAUUGUCAAAUGGGGCGUGGUCGGACCACUACAGGAAUGGUGAUUGCGACCCUGGUCUACCUUAAUCGUAUUGGGUCAUCGGCUAUUCCUAGGACAAAUUCUAUUGGAAAAGUUUUGGAUGCCAAAGCUGACGUGAGUGAUGAAAUGCCCAAUUCUGAGGAAGCGAUGCGUAGAGGUGAAUAUACCGUCAUAAGAAGCUUGAUUCGAGUCUUAGAGGGAGGAGUUGAGGGCAAAAGACAAGUGGAUAAGGUCAUUGACAAAUGUUCCACCAUGCAGAACUUACGAGAAGCUAUCGCUACUUACCGGAAUAAUAUCCUGCGUCAAGCUGAUGAGAUGAAGAGGGAGGCAUCACUUUCUUUUUUUGUUGAGUACUUGGAGCGUUACUACUUCCUUAUUUGUUUUGCUGUUUAUAUUCAUACAGAAAGAGCAGCCCUUCGACCUAGUCCAUCUAGUCAAGGCACUUUUGCAGACUGGAUGAGAGCUAGGCCUGAACUUUAUAGCAUACUUCGUAGAUUGCUUAGGAGGGAUCCAAUGGGCGCUUUGGGUUAUGCAAGUGCAGAGCCAUCUUUAAUGAAAAUCGCAGCAUCUGUCGAUGGUCGUCCACUUGACAUGGAUACUGUUGCAGCUAUGAGGAAUGGAGAAGUUCUUGGAAGGCAAACUGUUUUGAAAAGUGAUCACUGUCCAGGUUGCCAAAGUGCAACUCUACCAGAAAGAGUGGAUGGUGCGCCAAAUUUCAGGGAAGUUCCUGGAUUUCCUGUUUAUGGUGUUGCCAACCCAGCCAUUGAUGGCAUACAUGCUGUUCUUCAAAGAAUAGGAGGUUCUCAAGGGGGUCGCCCAGUUUUAUGGCAAAAUAUGAGAGAAGAACCAGUUGUUUACAUUAAUGGAAAACCGUUUGUCCUUCGUGAGGUGGAAAGGCCAUACAAAAAUAUGUUGGAGUACACGGGAAUAGAUUGUGAGAGAGUGGAAAAGAUGGAAGCGCGCUUGAAAGAGGACAUUUUAAGGGAGGCAGAACGCUAUUCUGGUGCCAUAAUGGUCAUUCAUGAAACUAAUGAUGGCCAAAUAUUUGAUGCUUGGGAACAUGUAAAUGCAGGAGGUGUUCAGACACCUUUGGAGGUCUAUAGAUGCUUGGAAUCUGAGGGUUUCCCCUUGAAGUAUGCUCGUAUUCCUGUAACUGAUGGUAAAGCUCCCCAAAGUUCUGAUUUUGACUCGCUGGCCUUAAAUAUUGCCUCUGCUUCCAGUAAUACUGCUUUUGUUUUCAACUGCCAGAUGGGAAGGGGACGAACAACAACAGGUACCGUAAUAGCUUGCCUUGUCAAACUUCGAAUUGAUCAUGGAAGACCCCUUACGUUGCAACAUCUAGAUAUAUCCACCGAUGAGUUAGGAAGCGGCUUUUCAAGUAGUGAUGAAGCAGGAACUGAAAGUGCAGAAGCUUCAACUGCACAUUCAAGGGCCGAAGGUGGACAAGAGGCGCAUCACACUUAUGGAAUUGAUGAUAUCUUGUUAUUGAGAAAAGUAACAAGGUUGUUUGAUAAUGGAGUUGAAAGUAGGGAGGCUCUGGAUGCCAUAAUUGAUAGAUGUUCAGCAAUGCAAAACAUACGUGAAGCUGUUCUUCAGUACAGGAAGGUCUUUAAUCAGCAACAUGUAGAACCAAGGGUCAGGAGGCUUGCUUUAAAUCGUGGUGCUGAGUAUUUGGAGCGCUACUUUCGGUUGAUUGCUUUCGCAGCAUAUCUUGGAAGUGAAGCAUUUGAUGGCUUCUGUGGACAAGGAGAAACUAGGGUCACAUUUAAAACUUGGUUACAUAGGAGGCCAGAGGUUAAAGAAAUGAAAUGGAGCAUAAGGUUAAGACCUGGGAGAUUUUUCACUGCCCGGGAGUCAAAGAUGCCAUCUGAGUCUUAUCAUGGUGAUGCAGUUAUGGAAGCUAUUGUAAAAGCUCGAAAUGGUUCUGUUUUAGGAAAGCGUUCAAUUUUGAAGAUGUAUUUCUUCCCUGGUCAGAUAACUUCCAGCUUUUUUCAUGUCCCUGGCGCACCACAUGUUUACAAGGUCGAUGGCUACCUUGUCUAUAGCAUGGCAACCCCAACGGUCGAUGGGGCGAAAGAAAUGCUUAUGCAUUUGCAUGCUAUACCUGUUGGAGUAGAUACCAUUGCUCAGAAAGUGAUCUUGACUGAUCUGAGAGAGGAAGCAGUUGUUUACAUUAAAGGCACUCCCUUUGUCUUAAGAGAGUUGGAUCAACCAGUAGAUACGCUCAAGCAUGUUGGAAUCACUGGGCCAGCGGUUGAGCACAUGGAAGCUCGUUUAAAAGAAGAUAUCCUUGCUGAAGUAACACAAUCUGUUGGUAAAAUGCUUUUGCAUCGGGAAGAAUUCAAUCCAGUGUCAAAUGAAUCCAACAUCAUCGGUUACUGGGAGAACAUUUCAGUCGAUGAUGUGAAGACUCCUGCUGAAGUAUAUACUGCUUUGAGAAAUGAAGGCUAUAAUAUUGAUUAUAGAAGGAUACCACUAACUAGAGAGAGAGAAGCAUUAGCUACAGAUAUUGAUGCAAUUCAGUUUCGCAAGAAUAACUCUGCAGAGCACUACCUGUUUGUCUCACACACAGGAUUUGGAGGAGUUGCUUAUGCAAUGGGUAUUACUUGUCUGAGACUUAAUGCUGAAGCAGAAAUGACAUUGAAUAACACAUCAGCACUGCCUAGUCCAGCACAUAAUCAAUCAAUAACAUACGACGACGUCUCCAUCUCUUCGGUUCCAGAUGAAGAAGAAGCAUUUAAACAGGGAGAGUACAGGGACAUAUUGAGUCUUAUUAGAGUUCUAAUCUAUGGUCCCAAGUGCAAAGAGGAAGUUGAUACAGUUAUUGAUAGGUGUGCAGGUGCUGGACACCUCCGCAAUGAUAUUCUUUACUACAAGAAGAAACUAGAGAAAUCUGCCCACCUUGAUGAAGAGAGUCGGUCAUAUCUUAUGGAUAUGGGCAUUAAAGCUUUAAGGCGAUACUUUUACUUAAUUACAUUCAGGUCCUACCUCUACAGUACGUUAAGUGGGAAUACAAACACGAAUGAUGCUGGAUUUGCUGCUUGGAUGGAGGCCAGGCCUGAGCUCGGCCACCUCUGUGAUAACCUAAGGCUUGAUAAAUGAUACGGUUCUUUUGUAUGCAUGUAAGAGGUCUUAAGAGAGGUAAAGCUGCAUUAAUUCUUGUACAUUUGAACCAUACAGUAAUAUAGAAAAAACUUUCUCAAGUAUUAUCAUUGUAUUCUCUGUGAAGACCCUAUGCCCAUAUUUUUUCCCCCCUUGUUCUAAGGUUACCAACAUACUUCUCAUGUAAAGGGAACUAAGCUCUUAUUCCUAUGCAGUGCCAGAGUUUGUAGAUUGUA